AUGGAGAAAAAGCUUCCUCAACCAAUUUGCGGCCAAGAAGCUGUGAAUCUUCUAAACUGCGUUUCGGAAUCGCCGUUUGAUCAAGAGAAGUGCAUGCGUCUCUUGCAGUCUCUCAGAGAAUGUGUUCUCUCCAAGAAAGUAAAAAAGUUCUCGAUACCAAGCGAUGGCCAUAACCACGAAGAUGGAGCAGCUUCAGAGAGCAAGAGACCUUGA